UGAUUAACGUAGUAGGACGUCCUCGUCGGCUCGUCCCGAUAUUGGCGAGAAAUGAGAAUCGUUUCUUGGAUGGUCAUGUGGUGGCGGAGGUGGUGGGUGACCGUACCAUAACGGAUAGCCGAUAACAAGUCCUCGGACGUACCAUAACUACUGAGCAUUGCUGCACCUACGUCCUACGUACGUACCAUUGCGUGCAAUCCGCUGCGAUACGGCGGCUGCCUCGCACUUUCUACGACGGCAGUACUCUGCAGGACCAUGUCGUCUGCCGAUUGCACGCACUCCUCCACGAUUGCAACAGCAUCAUAUCAUCAUCGCCGACAGUGUAUGUUUUUAGGGCAUCGCCAACCAAUACCGAAUACAAUCCGCCACUACUAGUCCGACAUGACCACGAUAUUGCCGUCGUUAUAAUAGAAAUAUUGCAAGACAUAAAUAUUGUUAUAGGUGUAUUAUAAUUAAUUCGGGUAGUCCGUUUUUAAUAACCCAAAUUGAAUAUUGUGGUUUUCCAAUAGACACCGCUACACAGCAUACAUUACGGAUAUUGCCCACACGAUCUGCACAUCACGUGGGUAGUCACAUAUAUUACAUUGCCAUGACUCCAACGCAUGUAGGAGACAUCAAAAAUGCUGCCACCGAAGGAUUACCUGCAAAGUUUGUUCUGUCCAUGAGAACACUGUUUGACAUUUUAGAUGAUAAAAGGACUGGUUAUGUUAAGUUUUCUGAAAUAGAGACGAGAUGGCAAGAUGAUGGUACAAAAGGUUUGCCUAAAGGUGUAUUGGAUAGUCUUCGAAAAGUAACACCACCAAACGGUCUUCUGUCUUUUGACCGUUUUUGUACUGGUUUAAAAAUGUGCCUACUUCGAAAUCAAAUGGAAAAUGGUCGUCGGGAUAAUGACUCUGUACGACCUCCAUCUGCUCCACUUUUGGAUGUAGAUAUUAAACCUAACGUACAAUGGACAAAUGGAAAUAUGGCUGCUAUUCGACCUACUCAGCAAAGAACUCUAAGUAUGCCACAAUUAGCUUUGGAACGUAAUAGUAAGGAAGUACACCAGUUGUCACAAAAAUCCACAUCGUCGCUUUUUGGACCACCUAAACCUCCAAGAACUGCAGCAGGCUUAGAACGUGGUUUACAGCUUGCUUCUGGUGAACGUAUUAUUGAUAAGGCUGAAAUAAGAACAGCUUUACAAAAUUGGCAAUUGGGAGUGUUGUUGAACGAUCAGAGCUGUUCUAGAAGUGAAAAACAGUCAGGAGAACAAACUUAUAAAAGAAUUAAUCAACGACGAAGAGAACCAAGACGUCAUACUCUCCAAAGUGGAGUAGAUUAUAAUAUGCUGAAAAGAAUAAAGCAAAUAGAACAGGAAAAAGAGGUUCUCAUGCAUGGCCUCCAAGCUGUGGAAAGAGCAAGAGACUGGUACCAUAAGCAGAUAGCUGCUGUACAAGAAAAAAUGAAAUAUCUUGGACGAACAAAUUCACAUACACAGGAUCAAUGGACUGAAGCACAACAGGAGCGUAUUGAGUUACAACGUGCUCGAGUCUUAGAGGUUAAUAGACAUUUGUCUGCAUUGACAGAUGGUGGUGAACGAUGGGGUGGUCUACCGCUACAUAUGAACUUAGCUGUACAUUCAGCAAAUAAUCCUGGAACGAUGUUACAUCAAAAUCCUCAAGUAAUGGCUACAUUAAAACAUCGCAACCAUAUACUCACUGAGGAGCUAGGGCAAAAAAGUGAAAGAAUAUCAACAUUAGAAAGAGAAAAGGCGACUCUUAUUAGAGAAUUAUUCCAAACACGAACCCAGAUGGGACGUAAAUUAGGGAGAUUAGACAGUAAACCUGAUGGUCAGUCAUAUAUACCUUAAUAAUUGGAAUCUGUUACCAAGUGCAAUAAAAAAAAUGCUCUGUACAAAAAAUCGGUGCUCGAAUAGAACAGAAAAAAUAAAAAUAUACCAUUAUUUUUGAGCUCAAUUUACAGGUACACAAUAUAUUAUACUCUUAUGUGUUAUGACAAUACAAAUUUUAUUGUAAUGAUCACUAGCCAUACCUCAAUUUUAUAUGUAUUAGGUGUUAUUAUUAAUUAGUCUAAACUCUUUUUCUCAUUUAAUGCAAAAUAAUUUUUAAUAAAAUAUUGCUUGUGAUGAUUGUACUUAUAAAAACAAAAACUGUUUACAAUUAGGUACAGCUAUUCAAAUUUGUUUAGAGAAAAGUUUAGUAUCUUGUUAUAAAAUCUUAUGUAAUAGAUAUAUUAAUCAAUGUUCAAUAUGUAUUAAUUUUGUUUAUAAUAAAUAAUUUACUGAACUUGUUAAAUAAUGUAUAAAACUGCCAUACAAGUGAAGUAGUUUUCAAAUUAAUUUUAACAUAAGUUUCCGUCCACCUCUCUGUGAUGCCAAUAUUAUUCGGAUUAUAAACUGGAAAAUUUUUAAGUUUUAUUAUUGUUGCUAAAUUUUUAAUAUUUGAUAAAAUAAGUUAACCUACAAUUUGUUUAAAUAAUGUGCCAUAAAUAUUUAAUGUACUAUAUUAUG